GGCAUGCUGAACUGCAGCACCAGCAGCAAUAACUGCAGCAUCCCCAACCUGCGCUGCGGACACACCUACAACAUCACUGUAAUGCAAAAUGACACACGCUGCAACAGCCUGCCCUCCACAGCCAUUCAAAUGGAGUCAGUCCCCUGUGCUCCCGCAGCAGGUGGUGGGUGUAGUGAACUGUUCGUCAGGUGCAAUGACGGUAGGAUGGAACAGUUCAGCAGUAGGUGUGAACUAUACGACAGUGGUGUGGUCAGGAACAGGAGGUCCAGUCUACUGUAACUCAACUGAACCCCACUGCAGUGUGGAACAGCUGGACUGUGGCAAGGCCUACAAUGUGAUGGUCCUGGCUGCACACGGGACCUGCCAGUCUGCUCCUAGUCAGCAGAUUACAGUAGAACAAGUGCCGUGUGUGCCCACCAAUGUCUCCGUGUCUCGAGUUUGUGGCGCUACUUCUGUGGACAUCACCUGGGCCCCCAGCACUGGAGCUCACACAUAUAUAGCCAUCGCCAUAGAUACCCAUGGUCAGACGUCACAGUGCGUCAGCAACGGGACUAGCUGUAGCAUCACUAACCUCACCUGCAGUCAGGUGUACAGCAUGGGUGUCAUAGCAGCGAAUGACAACUGUAGCAGCCGACUGAGCCAGACAGUCUCUCUGUACACAGACCCCUGUGCCCCCACUAGUGUUUCAGGCCUGGUGAACUGUUCUUCUUCAACUGCCUCUCUAUUGUGGACUCCCAGCCCUAAUGCGCUGGGCUACAUUGGGAGGCUGGAGAGUUAUGGGGAUGUGCGGACCUGUAAUGUCAGCACCGCGGGUUGCCAAAUAUCUGGCUUACUCUGCGGUCAGCGCUACAACUUUAGCGUGUCUGCCACAGAUGGGAGCUGUGCUAGUACUCGGACUGCUCCCAUACAGCUGGAUACAGCUCCAUGUGCUCCUCAAAAUGUGUCCACUGUUCUUGCGUGUGAUACUAACUCUGUGACUGUGACCUGGAGCCCUACUGCAGUGCCUCAGAACUAUAUGGCCAUCGCAGUAUGGAAUGGAGGCACUGCGCUGUCCUGCAGCUCGCAAAACACCAGCUGCAGCAUACAAGGCCUUCAAUGUGGCCAACAAUACAACAUCACAGUAGCUGCAUCCAAUGGCAACUGUAGCGGACCAGCAAGCCCUGUGCAAACUAUACAGACAGCCCCCUGCAUCCCUCAGAAUGUGACUGGCCAUGUCACAUGCGGAUCCGGGUCCCUGGUAGCAUCUUGGGAUGCUGCCCCUGGGGCCAACGGUUACAUCGCCAUGUUAUCUGCUUCUGGAAAGUUCCCUCAGAUGUGUGUGACAGGCAACCUGUCAUGUGUGUUCAGCGGACUGCAGUGUGCCAGUCAGUACAGUCUCAGUGUAGCGUCACAAAACAGGAUCUGCAACAGUACCAACAGCCCAGUCAUCAGCCUCAGUACAGGUCCCUGUGACCCUCAGAAUGUUACAGCCAUACUCCAGUGCAGCAGCAGCGUUGCCACAGUGAUGUGGAGUGCCAGCACAGGUGCAAACAGAUACACAGUGUUGGCACAAACAGAUGGUGGGCAAACGCUUGCUGCUUCCUGCUCCACCAGCAGCACUUCCUGUCAGCUAGCCUCUUUGACAUGUGGGAAGACGUUCAAUAUCACAGUACUGGCAGGGGAUGCAACCUGCAACAGCACCUUCCAGCCUCGUGCUGUGGUAGUCACAGCCCCAUGCCUCCCCACCAUCCUCAGUACAUCCCUGGAUUGUGCAACAAAUGCAGCCCUGUUGUCAUGGACUCCUGUCAGCAGUGCCAUCCUUUACAUUGUCAACGCCACCUCUACAAAUGGACACGAGUCAUCAUGUGUUUCCACAAACUUCAGCUGUAGUCUGACUGGACUACAGUGCGGCCAGAAAUACAGUGUUUAUGCAACUGCACGAGGGGAGCAGUGUGAUAGCUCACCAAGCACCAGUGUCACUGUCAUUACAGCUCCGUGCUCUCCUUCCAUGGUGAAUGCCUAUUAUGACUGCAAAAACAACACUGCUCUCAUUGGCUGGAAUAACAACAAUGGAAGCAUCUUAUUUGUUGCCCUUCUGGAAGGGGACGGGUACAGUGACUCUUGCAGCACCACAGGGACAAACUGCUCUAUUACCGGCUUAAGCUGCGGUCGUGGCUACAACGUCACUGUGAAAGCAGUUUCCAGUAACUGCAACAGCAGCUACAGCCAACCAACUGGAAUCCAGACAGUGCCCUGUGCCACACAGAAUGUGAGUGCCUCGUGGCAGUGUGCUAACAGCAGUGCAGUGGUGGUGUGGGCACCCACAGCAGGUGUGAGUCUGUACAGUGUGACGGCACUGGGGAGGGAUGGAGAUGUUAAACAGUGUAACUCCACCACCAGCACCUGCCAGCUCAGCCAGAUGCACUGUGGGCAAAUUUAUAACAUCACUGUGACGCCUUACACAAAGAACUGUGGAGGAGUCCGCAGCGCAGCAUUUAGCUUCAGCACAGGUCCUUGUGCUCCCACUAACCUCUCUGUGGUUCUGCAGUGUCAGGGAAAUCUGGGCACAGCCUCCUGGCUUCCAGCUGCAGGGGCUGAUUCCUAUGUUGCCACAGCAACUGCCCCUGAUGGGCACACGCAUACCUGUGCUUCAAACACUACUAGCUGCUCUUUCACUGACUUGCACUGUGGUGAAACCUACUCUGUUACUGUGGUGACGCUGACGAAUGGUUGUCCCAGUGACCCCAGUGUUGCCGUGGCAAUAAGAACAGCUCCAUGUGUCCCGGUAAACGUGUCGGCUUCUGUGGACUGUAGCACGAACACUGGUAACAUUUCCUGGGGGAGUGCAGCUGGUGCUGUGGUCUAUAAUGCUAAGCUGGUGGCGGGGAAUGGCCAUGUCGCUUUCUGUUCAACCAGUGGCACUUCCUGUGUGGUCAUGCUGGACUGUGGGCAGAACUACUCAGCCAUGGUGGUAGCCUCAACAGACGUCUGUAACAGCUCACUGUCCUCCAGCCUUCAGUUCCGCUCCGCCCCCUGUCUGCUACAGAAUGUAACUGCAGCCCUAGAUUGUGCUGCUAACCAGCUUGCUGUGCAGUGGCAGGGCACAUUUGGCUCUGAUCUCUACACGGCUGUGGCGACCAGCAUCAGUGGUCACCAAGCUUCCUGCAAUGCCUCCUCCUCUUCCUCCUGCUCCAUCCUGGGCCUGCGCUGUGGCGAGACAUACAAUGUCACUGUGGCCAGCUCCUCCAGCAACUGCAGCAUCCCACAGGCCUCAGUAACCCAGAUCCAGUCAGUACCCUGUAAGCCCCAGAACAUCUCAGUGGAUCUGCAGUGCGGCUCUAACUCUGCCACGGUGCAGUGGGGGCCCUGGGGUACUGCUCAGAGCUAUAGUGUGACAGCUGUGGACACACUGAGUGGAAAUGUCACAUGCAGCUCCAGCAGCAGCAGCUGUGUGCUCAACGGCCUAAGCUGUGGCCGCACAUUGAACGUCACCGUUGUCAGCCGCAAUGACCAGUGUGUGAGCAAAGUGAGCAGCACCGUGGAGCUCAUUACAGCACCAUGCUCUCCCACUCAUGUCAUAGCCAGUCUCAACUGCACCUCCAACUAUGCCUCCGUCUCAUGGGACGCAGCCCUGGGUGUAACCUCGUACCUGGUGAGCGCUGUGGGCAGCGCUGGCUACAACACUUCCUGCAACAACACAAACCCGCAGUGCUCUAUCACUGGCCUGCAGUGUGGUCAGAAUUACAGCAUCAGAGUUGCAGCCCAGCGCAACGGCUGCUUCAGCCCUGCAAGCCAAGACAUCACCCUCAGUGCAGCACCCUGCCCCAGCACCAACCUCCAAGCCUCGAUGGUCUGCAGCUCCAAUGUUGCACUCGUCUCCUGGUCACUCGGCAGUGGGACACAACUUUCGAAUGUCACAGUUCAGUCACUCCAGACCCUACAGCAGUUCAGUUGUGUUUCUUAUGGAUCUUCCUGCAACAUCAGCACCCUGCCGUGUGGUCAGCGCUACAGUGUCACUGUUACUGGAUACAGCCAGAUGUGCUCCAGCCCCUCUGCUGUCUCAACUGUGCUAGACACAGCACCCUGUGCUCCCUCUGGGCUAAAUGUGACGUCGACAUGUAACUCCAACACGACUUCAGUUGCCUGGAGUCCAUCUAGCAGUAUUGUGGCAUAUUACAUCGCAUCAGCAGAGCCUAGUAGUGGACUGACACUGACCUGCAACUCUAGCAGCACUUCCUGUGACAUCAGUGGCCUGAUAUGUGGGCAGACAUACAACGUGUCUGUCACAGCAUAUGGAUGGGACUGUGUUGGGAGCAAGAGCUUAACGUACACUCUCAAAACAGCUCCCUGUGCUCCUCAGACCGUGCAGUUCCAGCUACUUACCUGCCAAUCAGGCAACCUGAGUGUUGUCUGGCAACCUACUAGUGGAGCACUAAUGUACCGUGCAGAAGCUGUGACGUUCCCUGGACAUCUCCUUAGCUGUUACUCUUCCUACACUUCCUGUGUUAUCCCCGCCCUUGGCUGUGGACAGACCUAUGACGUCAGCGUGGUUGCUGUGGGUGACAGCUGCAAUAGCUCACGCAGUGCCAUCAGGCAAGCCAGCACAGCGCCCUGUCCUCCCAGCUCCGUCACUGCUGUGGUUAAUUGCUCCACCAACACUGCAACUGUGUCAUGGAACACUUCGAGUGUUCUUGGUGCUGUGUACACUGCAAGGGCCAUCACCAAUGUGGCAUCCCCUUCUGAGGUGGAGUGUAACAGCACAAACUCUAGCUGUGCUCUCACAGGCCUGCACUGCGGCACUCAGUACAACGUCACUGUCAUAGCGACUAAAGACAACUGCACGAGUGCACCUAGUGCUGUGUACUCCUUCUUUACAGCUCCUUGUGUGCCCACUCUGAGUGACGUGGUGUUGGACUGUAGCUCUGGUUCAGCUCUGGCAGUUUGGUCAGGAGCUGGGUCGGGAUCCGGUGGAGUAAACCUGUUCUCCAUCACUGCUGUGGAUGGUCAGGGUGAACAGCUAGGUUGCAACAACACACAAACGCCAUCAUGCACAGUGUGGGGACUCCAGUGUGGCCGAACAUACACAUUCAGUGUGACAGCAGGAGGAGCACAGUGUACCAGCACACCUAGCAACACACUGCAGACUCGCACUGCUGCCUGCCCUGCACGAGCAAUCCAGACCACAAUAGGCUGCCGCAACAACACAGCCAGUGUCUCCUGGUCUCCUGGCGAUGGAGCUCUUUCAUAUACAGCAACACUGCAAAGUUCAGACGGACGCACAUACACCUGCAACAGCGCUGCAACGAGCUGUGAUGUCACUAACCUGCCUUGUGGACAGACAUAUUCUAUUACAGUGGCUGCAAAGGGUCAAAACUGCAGCAGUACUAACAGCACAGGAUCACCUGUAAGAACAGCUCCUUGUGUACCUCAAAAUGUGACAGCCAGUGUGAACUGCAGCAACAACAUUGGAACGGUUUCCUGGCAAAGCAGUCAAGGGGCAGCUCUGUACUUUGUAAUGGCCAACAGCAGCAACGGACAAUCCACCAAUUGUACCUCAGCUAGCACUUCCUGUGACCUUUCCCCUCUGGCCUGUGGACUGACCUACACAGUCACAGUAAUGGCGAAGGACAGCAACUGCACCAGUGCCUGCAGUGCACCUGUCCAGCUGCAGACAGCUCCUUGUGUGCCCACUCUGAGUGACGUAGUGCUGGACUGUAGCUCUGGUUCAGCUCUGGCAGUUUGGUCAGGAGCUGGGUCAGGGUCAGGUGGAGCAGAUCUGUACACCGUCUCUGCAGUGGACGGUCAGGGUGGACAGCUAAGCUGUAAUAACACACAAACGCCAUCAUGCACAGUGUGGGGACUCCAGUGUGGCCGAACAUACACAUUCCGUCUGACAGCAUCACGUGGGCAGUGCACCAGCACAGCUAGCAACACACUGCAGACUCGCACUGCCGCCUGCCCUGCACGAGCAAUCCAGACCACAAUAGGCUGCCGCAACAACACAGCCAGUGUCUCCUGGUCUCCUGGCGAUGGAGCUGUUUCACAUUCAGCAACACUGCAAAGUUCAGACGGACACACAUACACCUGCAACAGUGCUGCCACAAGCUGUGAUGUCACUAACCUGCCCUGUGGACAGACAUAUUCUGUUACAGUGGCUGCAAAGGGUCAAAACUGCAGCAGUACUAACAGCACAGGAUCACCUGUAAAAACUGCUCCUUGUGUACCUCAAAACGUGACAGCCAGUGUGAACUGCAGCAGCAACAACAUCGGAACAGUUUCCUGGCAAAGCAGUCAAGGGGCGGCACUUUACUUUGUAAUGGCCAACAGCAGCAACGGACAAUCAACUAACUGUACUUCAGCUAGCACUUCCUGUGACCUUUCCCCUCUGGCCUGUGGACUGACCUACACAGUCACAGUAAUGGCGAAGGAUAGUAACUGCACCAGUGCCUGCAGUGCACCUGUCCAACUGCAGACAGCUCCUUGUGUGCCCACUCUGAGUGACGUAGUGCUGGACUGUAGCUCUGGUUCAGCUCUGGCAGUUUGGUCAGGAGCUGGAUCAGGGUCUGGUGGAGCAGAUCUGUACACCGUCUCUGCAGUGGACGCCGCCUGCCCAGCACGAGCAAUCCAGACCACAAUAGGCUGCCGCAACAACACAGCCAGUGUCUCCUGGUCUCCUGGCGAUGGAGCUGUUUCAUAUUCAGCAACGCUACAAAGUUCAGACGGACGCACAUACACCUGCAACAGCGCUGCCAUGAGCUGUGAUGUCACUAACCUGCCUUGUGGACAGACAUAUUCUGUUACAGUGGCUGCAAAGGGUCAAAACUGCAGCAGUACUAACAGCACAGGAUCACCUGUAAGAACUGCUCCUUGUGUACCUCAAAACGUGACAGCCAGUGUGAACUGCAGUAGCAACAUUGGAACGGUUUCCUGGCAAAGCAGUCAAGGGGCGGCACUUUACUUUGUAAUGGCCAACAGCAGCAACGGACAAUCAACUAACUGUACUUCAGCUAGCACUUCCUGUGACCUUUCCCCUCUGGCCUGCGGCCUGACCUACACAGUCACAGUAAUGGCGAAGGAUAGUAACUGCACCAGUCCCUGCAGUGCACCUGUCCAACUGCAGACAGCUCCUUGUGUGCCCACUCUGAGUGACGUAGUGCUGGACUGUAGCUCUGGUUCAGCUCUGGCAGUUUGGUCAGGAGCUGGGUCAGGGUCAGGUGGAGCAGAUCUGUACACCGUCUCUGCAGUGGACGGUCAGGGUGGACAGCUAAGCUGUAAUAACACACAAACGCCAUCAUGCACAGUGUGGGGACUCCAGUGUGGCCGAACAUACACAUUCCGUCUGACAGCAUCACGUGGGCAGUGCACCAGCACAGCUAGCAACACACUGCAGACUCGCACUGCCGCCUGCCCAGCACGAGCAAUCCAGACCACAAUAGGCUGCCGCAACAACACAGCCAGUGUCUCCUGGUCUCCUGGCGAUGGAGCUGUUUCAUAUUCAGCAACGCUACAAAGUUCAGACGGACGCACAUACACCUGCAACAGCGCUGCCAUGAGCUGUGAUGUCACUAACCUGCCUUGUGGACAGACAUAUUCUGUUACAGUGGCUGCAAAGGGUCAAAACUGCAGCAGUACUAACAGCACAGGAUCACCUGUAAGAACUGCUCCUUGUGUACCUCAAAACGUGACAGCCAGUGUGAACUGCAGUAGCAACAUUGGAACGGUUUCCUGGCAAAGCAGUCAAGGGGCGGCACUUUACUUUGUAAUGGCCAACAGCAGCAACGGACAAUCAACUAACUGUACUUCAGCUAGCACUUCCUGUGACCUUUCCCCUCUGGCCUGCGGCCUGACCUACACAGUCACAGUAAUGGCGAAGGAUAGUAACUGCACCAGUCCCUGCAGUGCACCUGUCCAACUGCAGACAGCUCCUUGUGUGCCCACUCUGAGUGAUGUAGUGCUGGACUGUAGCUCUGGUUCAGCUCUGGCAGUUUGGUCAGGAGCUGGGUCAGGGUCAGGUGGAGCAGAUCUGUACACCGUCUCUGCAGUGGACGGUCAGGGUGGACAGCUAAGCUGUAAUAACACACAAACGCCAUCAUGCACAGUGUGGGGACUCCAGUGUGGCCGAACAUACACAUUCCGUCUGACAGCAUCACGUGGGCAGUGCACCAGCACAGCUAGCAACACACUGCAGACUCGCACUGCCGCCUGCCCAGCACGGGAAGUCCAGACCGUAAUAGGCUGCUACAACAACACAGCCAGUGUCUCCUGGUCUCCUGGCAAUGGAGCUGUUUUGUAUUCUGCAGUGCUGCAAAGUUCAGAUGGACGUACAUACACCUGCAACAGCACUGCCACAAGCUGUGAUGUCACUAACCUGCCUUGUGGACAGACAUAUUCUGUUACAGUGGCUGCAAAAGGUCAAAACUGCAGCAGUACGAACAGCAGAGGAUCACCUGUAAGAACAGCUCCUUGUGUACCACAAAACGUGUCAGCCAGUGUGAACUGCAGCAGCAACAUCGGAACGGUUUCCUGGCAAAGCAGUCAAGGGGCGGCACUUUACUUUGUAAUGGCCAACAGCAGUAAUGGACAAUCCACCAAUUGUACCUCAGUCAGCACUUCCUGUAACCUUUCCCCUCUGGCCUGCGGCCUGACCUACACAGUAACAGUAAUGGCGAAGGACAGCAACUGCACCAGUGCCUGCAGUGCACCUGUCCAACUGAAGACAGUGCCAUGUGUCCCACAGAACUUUCUGCCAGUUGUAGACUGUGAGACAAACAAUGUGAACGUGUCAUGGUCUCCUAGCAUGGGUGCCAGCCUGUACACAGUGACCCUGCGAGAUGCUAACGGCUUGUCUGGGACUUGCCAGUCCACUGGGGGACAGUGUAAUGCAACAGGCCUCAGAUGUGGACAGAUGUACUAUGUGUCUGUCACAGCGUCUGAUGACCGGUGUACCAGUGCUCCAAGUACCAGUACAACUGUGCAGUCAGUCCCCUGUCCUCCGUCUUACAUCUCGGCCGUGCUGAACUGUACGACUGAUGUUGCCGUGGUGAUGUGGGGGCCAAGCGCAGGGUCACUGGGUUACAGCGUUUCAGCUGUGGCAUCUCUGGGGCAGAUCAGUAGAUGCAGCUCGAACGGCUCCAGCACUUCCUGUGAGUUGAGCUCUCUAAGGUGUGGUGCAGCGUACACAGUGAGCGUACAGGCCCUCGGAGCCAUGUGCAACAGAAGUGCAGACAUGAGCGGAUACCUGACGACAGAGCCAUGUGUUCCACAGCACCUCAAAGUGCAGUAUGACCUCUUCAUUGCACAGCUCUUCUGGGACUUUACCCAGGAAGACACCACCUUCACUGCCCUGGCAGCGACACAGCAGAGCCUGAACAUCACAUGUCCUGAGACAGCUGAUACCAACUGCGCUCUCUCCGGCACGCAGUGCGGACAGAUCUACAACAUCACCGUCACAGCCCACAACAGCGCCUGCAAUGGAACUGGAACUGCCACUUCUGACCCCUACCAGCUCAUGACAGAGCCCUGUCCUCCACAGAAUGUCCGGGCCAGAAUGAACUGCUCCUCCCUCGUUGCUUCUGUCUCCUGGGACACCAGCCUUGUUGCUGUGGGUUAUGUGGUGUUCAUGGACAACUGGAAUGGUGACUCUUGGGCCAAUGUCACGUCACAAACUAGCUACAGUGUUCCAGGACUCAGCUGUGGUACACGGUAUACCACAUACGUACGAGCGCUCGGACAAGUGUACAACAGCUCCGACAGUGACACGGUCAGCCUGCAAACAGCCCCCUGUGUGCCUGACAGCACAAGUGUUUCUGUUCAAGUGGACUGCGCCACAGACACUGCCCUGCUCUCCUGGGCCUUCAGUGCAGGGGUGGAUAAUUACACAGCUGUAGUCCUGGGGUCAGGAGGUCACUUCAACUCAUGCUCUACCCAGCAGAACCAGUGCAAUGUAUCAUUGCUGUGUGGACAGAGCUACAACCUCACUCUCAUCUCUAUCAACCAGCAGUGCCAGAUCCCCACUGUCAUUAACACCACCUUCCAGUCCACACCGUGUGAGCCAGUUGGUGUAGUGGUUAAUAUGGCAUGUGGAACGAGCUCUGCUGUGGUGUCUUGGCAGAGAGCACAGGGUGUGGAUUACUACAUUGCCCGUGCUGUCCGAGGAGGAGAUGGUCGUGAGGACGUGUGUAACUCCACCUCCUCCACUUGCCAGUUCUCCAGCCUGGCCUGCGGACAGAACUACACCUUUACCAUUACAGCAUACAUGGGCCGCUGCUCUAGCAACACCAGCCAACCAGCUUACAUCUCUACAGCUCCAUGUGUUCCCAGUGGGCUGGUUGCAGUUUCAGCGUCAGGCUGUGGUUCAGCAGGGGCUUUACUGAGCUGGAAUUCCAGUGCCGGAGCAGAAGUGUAUGUGGUGAAUGGGUGGAGCAGAGAUGGCCACACGGUGUCUCUCCGCACCAGCCUGUCUACCAUCAGUCUCCCUGAUCUACACUGCAGCCAGGAAUACAACUUCACCAUCACAGCCAGCAACCAGCAGUGCAACAGCACUCCUAGUCUACCUGCUAGACUCCAGACAGGGCCCUGCUCUGCUGCUGCAGUCUCUGCUGUGCUAGACUGCAUGUCGAGUGUUGCUGUGGUCUCCUGGCAGCCCAAUAAUGGCACAGCCAUUUAUACGGCCACCCUGCUGGACUCCUCUGGGCCUCUGCGGAGCUGUGUAGGAGUGGACUCACAAUGCAACAUCGGUGGGCUGGCCUGUGGAAAGAACUACAGCGUCUCAGUGACUGUGUCCAACGACCAGUGUAACUCCACUACAACCCUGCCCACUAGCCUGCAGACAGCACCCUGUGUUCCUGUCAAUAUUUCCGUGAUAACGGGAUGUGCUAAUAGCUCAGCUGUAGUGGUGUGGGAUCGCAGCCAGGGGGCGAUCUCCUAUUACGUCUAUGCUGUGAGCAGCAAUGGCAACAUUUCCUGCCAGAGUACAUCACCCACCUGCGUCCUCACAAACCUCACCUGUGGCUCCACCUACUCUGUCCGUGUGGUUGCUGUGGGCAACAACUGCUCCAGUGUGCCCAGCCAGCCUGUGGUCAUCAGUUCAGUACCCUGCCAGCCAACAAACGUGUCUGUAGAUGUGCAGUGUGCAAAUGGUAUUGCGAUGUUGUCCUGGGCAGCGCAGACAGGAGCUGUGCAGUAUUUCGCAACUGCCCAGUCAGACAACGCCACACCGCUCUACUGCCAGACCACGAACACUUCCUGCACCCUGCAGGGCCUGCACUGUGGUGCCGUGUACAACUUUACGGUGCAGGCCUCAAAUGGACCCUGCAACAGCUCCUUCAGCAAAACACUAACAGGAGGAGGAGUGCCUUGCCCUCCAGCCAGCUUCCGGGUCAUCCCGAGUGUGCUGGUAGGUCAGAGUCAGCUUCUGAGGGCCUACUGGUCCAUCGUGAACUGCCCCAACUCCAGCUACCUUCUGGAAGUUUCUGGCAGCAUUCAGGGUGACCCCCAGUCCCUCUUCCAGAUGACCUCGUAUUGGACGAACCGCACAUACUUUGAGAUGCCUGUCCCCUGUAGCUCCACCUACAGCGCCAGCGUGAGGGCUCAGAACUCUGGCGGCACCAGUGUACCAUCAGCCGUCGUCACAGGGAUCUCAGUACCUUGUCCUCCUCUGUCCGUCACUUUUACUGGCUCCAACUCCUCUGCUGUGGUGGCGUGGAAUGCCUCUUUGUAUGCCACCGUGUACCACGUCUACCAGGUGACAUCCAGUGGCCGGAUACAACUGUGUAACACUUCUCAGCUCUCCUGCCCCAUCACCAAUGUCAGUAGCAACCUGAUCAUGGUUACUGCCAGGAACGCAGCCGGGGAGAGUGCUGGUACAUCGGGCGUGCGUGUGAUAGCAGCUCGCAGGAGGAGAGACUUGACCCAGACAGAGAUCGGUGAGCUGACCAGCCCACAAGCCAGUUUCACUAUGGUAACAGCUGAUGCUGUCUGGCUGGAAUGGACUCAUGUGGAGGGGGCGGAGUUCUACUCCUUGCUGAUCCGGGAACAGUCCAGCUCAUCUAAACCUGUCGUCAUGACCGUGUACGGAGAGACCUCCAUCAUCCCGGAGCUCAAACCAGCAACAAUGUACUGCAUCUCGCUUUCUGCCAGAAACUCCUACAGCAGUGGGCCCUACUCAGAACCUGCGUGUGUUCAGACCGCAGCUCUGAGCUAAGGCCACGUUUGGGUCACGUUUCUCAAGGACAAAAUUGCAGAUGUUGGGCAUAUGAUGGGGACGUAUUAAUCCUACAUCAGCAUUUUUAUUCUGAGAAACAUGAGACAUACAUACCAAAGGACUGGAUCUAGAGAGACUGUUCACUUCAGUGAGUGAACGGUCACAUUAAUACGUUAAUAUGCUUUCAAUUUUCCAUCAAAUCAAACUCAUGCAUUGCUGUUUAUGUAAGAAAUAAUAAGGUAUUUGUUUUAUGUAAUUGAGUUUCCCUUUAAUUCCCUCAGAACAGCAAGUCCUUGAUGUUACAAAAACAGACUUGUAGGGGUCUCUGAGGAUUGAUACAGGCAACCACUGUUCCACAACUCUGGAGAUUAAAAGGGAAUUACACUGAUUUUUUUCCUUUAAAUUUUCUGUACAAUUAAAUCGUUAAGAUGUAAAGUCAUUCAGAGUGGUUUGAUGUGAAAUGCAUCAUUUUAGAGAAGCUACCCAGUCAGAAUUGCUUACAGUGGAGGUAAUAGGAACCAAACAUCUUAAUGGUUUAAUGCCUCUAAAACAGAAGAGCUCAACUCCAGUCCUGGAGGGCUGGUGUCCUUUACAGUUAGGUAAUUUUCUUACUAAAACAUAUGAUUCAAUUUUGAAUUACCAGGUUAAGCAGGUGUGUUUGAAUGAGGAAACUACAAAACUAUGCUGGACACCAGCCCUCCAGAACCAGAGUUGUGCACCAUUACUCUAAAAGCUCCUUCCUUCACAUAAAGUUAAUCAUGUAAAAUAGUUAUGAACACACUGCUGAUAUCUGAGACACUGUUUUAUGAUCAUCUUAAAAGACAAUUUUGGCUUAAAACAGAUU